CCACACGUGCCUGGCCCGGCUCCGCAGCCCCUUGCUGCCCCUCCUGUGGGAGCACCGCAGGGCCAGAUGUGGCUCUCCGAUGCCUGCCCCAGGCUUCAUGCCCUUGAGAGCAGAAGUUGGCCACUGCUAACUAAGCCUCAUCCCCCCCCCAUCCCCCCAGUAUGUAAAUAUUACUAAUCCCCUAUGGGGUGGGGGUGAGCUGCAGAGAGGAGGGAGUGACUUGGCCAAGGUCACAGACUCAGUCAGUGGCAGAGGACUCAGCAGCAUGUGGUUUCUAGUCCGGUGAGCGGGUCACUUGGCCGCACCUUGUGACCUUGGCCGUGAUGGAACAGUACCCACGGGGGUGCGAGAUGGCUAGAUGCUCUCUAAUGGGAUUUAGAGCAAGACUCCAAUUAAAGAAAAUACCCAUUGCUGAGUGAGCCGCAAGACAUUUGUCUAUGACCCUCCCCCAAUGUUAGAAACUGAUUUGAUGCUCUCAUGAGCUAACAAAUUUAUCAUUCCCCUACCAGAUCUCCUGUCUUUCCUGAUAGCAGCAGACAGCUCAAGAAUACCCUGGCAAUGUGCUUUCCCCCCUCCCUGACCCCUCAGAUAUGUCAGGGCAUCGGCUCAGAAGUAGGUAUGGUUUCAGCUUUGCCAGCGGUAGGAGAUGAGAAAAUGGCCCAAGCAGGAUGUUUUUAGUGCUGUAAGGUCACGACCCUUAUCGCAGAGCUAACCUCUGAGACCUGAGUUUGUUUUCAUCACCAGGGGCUCUUGGAUUUGCCUCUUCUCUUUUUAUUGCAGCCUGAAGAUUGAAUCCCCGGGCGCUGGUGCCCUGGGUUCCAGUGGUUACACUAUGGGCGCUGGUGCUCUAGGUUCUGGAGGACAGGCCUCCUCUUAGUGGCAGGACCCCAGGCUCCAGGGAGUUAGGCACGCCCUAGAAGUGACACCACUGCGGCUUGGACUGCAGCCUUAGCCCUCCAGGGACAGGCAUGUAUUAGACUCCAAAGUAGCAGCUCUCUACAGAACAGUGACUAACUCUGUCUUUCUGUCUCCUUCCUUCCCUCUCUGCUCCCGUGAUGAAUGAACUGGCUUUAGCCACAGAGAAUGGAGGUCACUAUGGUAAUGAUUCAGCUACGAGCUCGCGUGGCCUUUCUUGUGCUCCCUCUGUUUGUAUUUGGGGCACCUACUGACGAGCCUGACCCCAAAGAAGCAACAACCCUCCCAAAUGGCUGCAGACGCUGCUGCGACCCGCUGGAUUCCCAUGGCUCCUCAGAGGUCACCCCCGGCCCUGCCAGACCCCAUGCGUCACUGUACCCAAUGCCAGAAGUGCGUCCAUACAUCAACAUCACCAUACUAAAGGGAGACAAAGGAGAUCGGGGGGAACCUGGGACUCCAGGGAAAUGGGGCAAAGAGGGGCCACCAGGCGAGCGGGGCCCCCAGGGUCAGAAAGGCAGCAAGGGGCAGAUGGGUGCCCCGGGGGAUCCAUGCAAGCACCAGUAUGCCGCUUUCUCCGUGGGCCGCAAGAAGGCACUGCACAGCAGCGAGGGCUACCAGGCCCUGAUCUUCGACACCGUCUUUGUCAACCUCUAUGGCCACUUUGACAUGUUCAAGGGCAAGUUCUACUGCUACACAGCCGGCCUGUACUACUUCAGCCUGAACGUCCACACCUGGAACUUCAAGGAGACCUACAUGCACGUCAUGCACAACGACCGGGAGCAGGUCAUCCUAUACGCCCAGCCAAGCGACCGCAGUAUCAUGCAGAGCCAGAGCCUCAUGCUAGAGCUGCGGGAGAAUGAUGAGGUCUGGGUGCGCCUCUACAAGCGGGAGCGGGAGAACGCCAUCUACAGUGAUGAUGUGGACAUCUACAUCACCUUCAGCGGCUACUUGAUCAAGCCCAGCCUGGAAUGACGGCCCUCCUCCCUCUCUCUCCUUCUCUCUCUCUCUCUUUCUCUUUUCACUGCCCGCAAUCACUGCAAACCACAAAGGAGGAAAUGGACUGGGGGCUCCCUGGGAGGGUCAUGGGAUGGGAGGGCACCAGGGAAUCUGAAAGAAAACACCAGCUAUCCAAAUCAGGGCCAGCCUCAUUCAAAGUGUGUCAUUGACUUCCAGGUAAGCCCCAUUCACCUUGGAUAGGGGAUGCCUCAGGUCACCCCUGGUCUUGCUAGGCCUUGUGAGCCUUCCCACGGCCUAGCUCAGCGGCAGGGACAUAGAUAACAAUACAAAGCUAGGGAAUGAUGGUACAGUCCCUGGCUGUAUAGACCGACAUUCAUCUGGGAUGUAGACAGCUGGAUCCUCCGCUGGUGUAAAUCGGUGUCGUUCCACUGAAGUGAACAGAGUUACACCCAGGUACACCUGCUGUGGAUCUAGCCCUAAGUAUUGAAAGAGAGUGAGACCCUUUGCCCAUCGGCAAAGCUCCCCUCCAAGCCUCCCAUAGGAUGCUCUCUGGUCUCAACUUCCAUGUUAGGUUCAAAGCCAUCCCAGCUUUGGACUGUUCCUUUUCUGGAGGCUGAAACAGACCUGAUUCUGCUCUCCUACCCCACCAGAUUUACACCAGUGUAACUAUCAACUUCAGCAGAGUUCCCCCUACUGCAUGCUGAUGUGAGAAGAGAAUCAGGCCCAAUAAUCAGGCACUGGAUUCCACUGUCACAGUCCCAUGGGUGUGGCUGGAACAGCUCUGCUAGGAGACAAUCAUUCCUUUAAAAUCCCACCUCCAAUCCCUUUGAAAACAAUAGGGAGGAACUGGCUGCGUAUGGUGGUAGGUGACACCUUUUAGUACUAACGCACAGGGUCAGCUUCUGUCCAGUUCCUCCCUGGUACUCCAACGGAAGAAGGAUAGCCAGUGGUUGCUUCAUAACCUCUACAAGGUGAACUGGGCCUCUCAGUCCUGCUCCCAGUGAACAGAUGUCCACAUCACUAAAACGUCCCCACACGCUGACUGUCUCCUGUGCUGGUGAUCUCAGUGGAGAAGCCACGGAGACUGAAAUACACUCCCACCCCUCCCAGUCAGAGGUGAGACAUAUUGGCAGGGCUGCUUGGCAAAACUUGUGCUGCCAAGCAGCCCUGACCUAGCUCUGCUGACCUAGCUCUGCUUCCAGUGUCAUCAAAGGAAGCUUUGCCACUGGCUUCACUGGCGACUGAAUCAGCUCUGAGUGCUUUUGCAAACCCCUGCCUACGUGUCUUGAGGACACAGUAAAGAUGAGAUGCCAGGCUGUCACUGGGUCUGUUUUCGACAGGACUAAACUCACACCAGAAAGACAUCAGAGGGAAAGAAAGGAGAGGUGAACUCGAGAACACUGUAGGCCAGUUUCUCUUGUUCAUAUUGCUGCCCCUCAUUUACUCAGGAUGAGGAGCUGAGGGGAAAGGAUCGAGUCCCAGGCUCUUCCCCACCUGACCCUCAUAACAGCUUGCGUUAGCACAGCUGGUAUGAAAAGCAGGAUCCCUCCAAGGAAGGUUGGUCCUAUCAGGGGCCUCAUGCGUCUGAUGGAAUGCCAGGGUGUGAGGAACAUGGAGACUGGAAUUCCCCUCUCCCGGCCCAGUGGAGUGUGGGCUUGGGGGAGUCGUGAGGGAGUCGCAUGCUAGGGGUGAGGUUUAGGAGCAAAGGAACUAGCAAUUGAAUUCCUCUCCCUCUCUCUUUAGAAGCCACAGACUGCCAACUCAGCUGUUGUGUAUUUACAGUAUGUGGUGUCCCUGUGUCUCCCCAGAGAGGAGCAGGAAUCUCUAACGCUGAAUAACUUCCAGACCUGAGCUCUGAACUCCCUCCCUGUCCAAUGUCACUGUUUACUUCUAAAGGGCCAGCUUGGGGGCUCAAACACUGCAAAAGGGCAGCUGGUCGGUGCUUAAAACAUAUUGGGGAGUAGGGAGAAUGUGUGUUUCAUGGGCCAGCUUCAGCCCCUUGGUGCUAAAUAAGAUGGCAGCCCCUUGGUGCUAAAUCAGGUUUCAAGAGAGUCAUUGGUGCUUACUGGGAGGAGUGUCAGGGUAGCAGAGACACAAAGUACUGUGGAAUUAAUGGUGCUUUACAUUACAGAAAACUACCAAGAACUUUUGUAUAUAUGUUUUUCAGUUUUAUUAAAUCUUUUUUUUUGCACUUUGA